AUGGAGUCCGGAAUGUCAUCCAACAGGAUGUUUGUUCUACUUGCUGAAUCUCAGCCAAGAGAGUCUACGUGUUUCAAUACAGUCACAGAGGACCAAACACAUCUUUGGCAUUGUAGGUAUGGACACUUGAAUUUCCAAGGCUUGAAAACCCUCCAGCAGAAUCAGAUGGUGAAAGAAUUACCCCAACUCAAGACUCCUUCCAAAGUAUGUAAAGAUUGUUUGGUGGGCAAACAGCACAGGGAUUCAUUCCCAACAAUGAGCACUUGGAGGGCCUCUCAAAUACUUCAACUCGUUCAUGCUGAUAUCUGUGGGCCAGUCACGCCAAUCUCAAAUAGAAAGAAAAGCAUGCUCUCGGAGAAGAAAAUUUCCAAAAUUUUCUGGCCAGAAGCAGUUAACUGGACUGUACAUGUGUUGAAUAGAAGCCCAACUUUUGCUGUCAAAAAUCAAACUCCUGAAGAAGCCUGGAGUGGAGUUAAACCGACAGUGGAUUAUUUCAAGGUUUUUGGGUGUGUCUCCCAUGUACAUGUACCUGAUAGCAAAAGAACAAAGUUGGAUGAUAAAAGCUUAAGGUGUGUCUUGCUUGGUGUCAGUGAGGAGUCUAAAGCAUAUAGAUUGUAUGAUCCAGUCUCUCAAAAAAUACUUAGUGGGGUAACAAUGACAAAAAAAGCAACCAGAGUCGCUGAAAAUGAAGAAGAAGGUGCUGCAGAUUUGGAUAAUGAAGGUGCUGUUGACUUUAAUAAUGCCGCAGGAGAAGAAAUGGGAAAUUCUUCUUCAUAUGAACUAGUUGAAGAAAAUCCUACCAAUUUCAAUGAAGGGAGAAAUAGAAGACCACCAGUCUGGAUGGAAGAUUAUGAAACAGGAGAGGGUCUCUUUGAAGAAGAUGAUGUGGCUCAUUUUGUCAUGCUUCCAGCUGCUGAUCCAGUUCAUUUCGAAGAUGCAGUGAAAAGUGAAAAAUGGAGAAAAGCCAUGGAUUCGGAAAUCAAAGCAAUAGAAAAGAAUGAUACAUGGGAAUUGGAGUUAUCUGCUGGAGGAAAGAAGAUUUGA